UUUCUCCUCUCCAGCUUUUGGCCCUUCUCACAAGGAUGGAAAUGCUACUCUUUCGUGUCUGGGCCCUGCUGGCCUUGAUCCCUUUCCCAGGGGCUACAGAAGAGACAUUUGAGGUUUCUGUUUGGCCAGAUCAGGCCCUGGUAAAGCUUGGACAGUCUCUAAUGGUCAACUGCAGCACUACCUGUCCAGACCCCGGACCCAGUGGAAUUGAGACUUUAUUAAAGAAAACCCAGGUGGACAAAGGACCUCAGUGGAAGGAGUUUCUCCUGGAAGAUGUCAUGGAGAAUUCCAUUCUGCAGUGCUUCUUCUCUUGUGCAGGGAUCCAAAAGGACACAAGCCUUGGCAUCACUGUGUAUCAGCCACCAGAGCAGGUGAUCCUGGAGCUGCAGCCUGCAUGGGUAGCCAUGGAUGAUGCCUUUACAGUGAAGUGCCAUGUGCCCAGUGUAGCACCCCUGGAGAAUCUCACCCUUACCCUUCUCCAGGGUAACAAGAAACUACAAAGAAGGAACUUUAUGAGCUUGGCUGUGGCCUCCCAAAGAGCUGAGGUCACCAUCAAUGUCAAAGCCCAAAGGGCAGAUGACAGGUGUAAUUUCUCAUGCCGUGCAGAACUGGACUUGAGUUCAUAUGGUGGAGGGCUCUUUCACAGUAGUUCAGCCAUCAAGGUACUCCGGAUCUUUGAAUUCUCUCAGAGCCCCCAAAUCUGGGUCUCCCCACUUUUGGAGAUUGGGAUGGCAGAGGCUGUGAGCUGUGAGUUGUCUAGGGUGUUCCCAGCCAGAGAGGUCAUGUUCCACAUGUUCCUAGGAGACCAGGAGCUGAACCCUUUUGUCUCCUGGAAAGGAGACACAGCAUGGGCCAAUGCCACCAUUCAGGCCAUGGAGACUGGUGAUCAGGAGCUGUCUUGCCUUGUAUCUCUGGGUCCAAUGGAACAGAAAACAAGAGAGCCAGUGCAUGUCUAUAGCUUCCCUCCACCAAUCCUGGAGAUAGAAGAAUUAUAUCCAUUGGCAGGGACAGACAUUAAUGUGACCUGUUCAGGGCAUGUAUUAACAUCACCCAGCCCUACUCUUUGGCUGAAGGGAGCCCCAGACCUCCCUGCCCCUGGGGAGCCUGCCUGGCUUUUACUUACCACCAGGGAGGAAGAUAAUGGCCGAAAUUUCUCCUGUGAGGCCUCUAUGGAGGUUCAGGGUCAACGGCUGAUCAAAACCACUGCAAUGCAGCUCCAUGUCUUAUACAAGCCUCGGUUAGAGGAAUCUGAUUGCCCUGGCAACCAGACGUGGGUCAAAGGGACAGAGCAGACGCUUGCGUGCGUCCCAAAGGGAAACCCAACUCCAACCUUGGUGUGUACCUGGAAUGGAGUGAUCUUCCACCUUGAGGUGCCACAGAAGGCAACCCAGAACCACACGGGAACCUACUGCUGCACAGCCACUAACCAGCUGGGCUCUGUCAGCAAAGACAUUGCUGUCAUUGUUCAAGGACUGGAUGAAGGAAUCAGCUCCACCAUCUUCGUCAUCAUUGUCGCCCUUGGAGUGGGUGUCACCACCAUAGCACUGUAUCUGAACUACCGGCCUUGCAAAGUAGAGAGGCGGAAAUUGCCCUAUAGGCAGAAAGAGAAGAACAAAGAGCAGGAAAGCCAGUUUGCUGUUCAGCAAGCAGAAAAGUGCAAUGCACAUAAUUGUUAAAUGGGAACAGCUAUUUGGUUGAAGGCAACCUCUACUACUGGGGUUUCCUAAGGGAGGAAAGCGGGGAGGAGAAAGGAGGAGACAUUACCCUCUGUGUUCUGCAGUCCCACAAAACAGGUGUUUCAGG